CUCACCAGCGGCGACAGUGGUGACCGGAGAAAACAAACCCAAUCACAACCGCCGCUACUUAUCGCCGGCAUGGAAGGCAGAGACAACAAGGCCUCCUCGCCCCCACCUAAACCCUCCAAGUUCUCGGUGUACCAGAAUCCAACCCUCUCCGCCGCCCUCACCGCCACCAGCCUCCGUCCUCCCAAACACGCCCUCCUCGUCAUCUUCUCUCUCUCCUUCAUCUCCGCCGCCGCCUUCCUCCUCCUUCUCUCCAGGGAGAAUGAGCUUGUUAACAAUUUGAAGCUCAAUGUGUCUCCCCAAGAGGCAGCUUAUUUGGUUGUCAAAGUGGUGCAUACUGUUGUGGGAUUAGUGUUUUUGGCUACUUUAGUUGCACUCUUUAGAGUUGUUUCGUUGAGAAAUGCCGCUGUUGUGCCAAAUGUGUCAUUGUCCAAAGGAAACAAGGAUACGAUGGGGUUGACGAGUCGUCAGCUGGGACUUUUAGGAAUUAAGCCGAAGGUUGAACAGGUUGUAUCUGAGUCUGCAAAGAAACCUCCCAAGUCUAAACCUUAUAUGUCUUCCCCUUCAGAUGUCCUUGUUCCACUUCAUCCGUCAAUUAGCGGUUCAAAUCGUAUGUCUCGAAUUGGUUCAGUUAACACCAGUGGUGGACAUAAGAUGGGAUCAAGUCCUUCUAAAUCACCCAGUUCUGCGUCUUCUUUGUAUCUUGUCCCCGGAGGUGUUUCACCAAUGUCUUCUGUUAAGAAUUCGUCUGGGGUGGAUUCAGUGGUCUCUUCUCCUUGGUCAAGUAAGCGAGUGCCUGGAAGAGAGAUAAUGUCUGAAGAAAAGUUUGAAAAGUUCUUGGCAGAUGCUGAUGAGAAAAUCACACAAUCAGCAGGGAAACUGGCAACCCCACCACCCACUAUCAGAAGCUUUGGUAUAGCAAGUCCCAGUUCAGCUAAUACGUCUGGAACUACAAGGAGUACACCACUGAGGGCUGUGAGAAUGUCCCCAGGCUCCCAGAAGUUCUCUCCCCCAAAGAAAGGGGAAGGUGAGCUGCCUCCACCUAUGUCCAUGGAAGAAUCUAUCAAUGCAUUUGAUCGUUUGGGCAUCUAUCCUCAAAUUGAGCAGUGGCGUGACAGCCUCAGGCAAUGGUUCUCUUCAGUUUUGCUUAAUCCCCUACUUCAUAAGAUUGAGAGCAGUCAUACUCAGGUAAUGGAAGCAGCUUCCAAACUUGGUAUAUCACUCACAAUUAGUCAAAUUGGAAGUGAUUUACCAACUACUGGAACUACUUCAGUGUCCUCAACCGACAGGUCUAAGGAAUGGCAACAGACAUUAACUCUUGAUGAAGAUGGAGUUAUGCAUCAAGUACGAGCUACUCUCCUUCAAUAUAUUAAUGCAUCACAGCUGCCUCAAGCAUAUUCCCAACACAGUCCACAGCAGAAUUUGGUGCCUAUUAUGCAGGAGUGUGUUGAUGUGAUUACUGAACACCAGAGGCUACAUGCGCUGAUGAAGGGAGAGUUGAUUAAAGGUUUGCUGCCGCAAGCUAGUAUUCGAGCAGAAUACACAGUACAAAGGAUUCGAGAGCUUGCUGAAGGAACCUGCUUGAAGAACUAUGAAUACCUUGGAAGUGGAGAGGUAUACGAUAAAAAGAACAAGAAGUGGACAGUUGAACUUCCAACCGAUUCUCACUUGCUCUUGUAUUUGUUCUGUGCUUUCCUUGAGCACCCAAAGUGGAUGCUGCAUGGGGAUUCUAUAUCUCAUGGUGGAGCUCGAUCUAGCAAAAAUCCCCUCUUCUUGGGAGUCCUACCACAGAAAGAAAGUAUUCCUGAGAAGUACAUAGCUGUUGUAUCAGGUGUCCCUUCUGUUCUCCACUCAGGUGGUUGUGUUCUUGUUGUUGGACGGAAGAGCCCCCCAGUUUUUGCUUUGUAUUUGGAUAAAAAAUCACAAUUUUCUCUUCAGGGAAUGACCGCACUGUGGGAUUCUAUAUUGCUUCUUUGCCACAACAUUAAGGCUGGAUAUGGGGGAAUUGUCCGUGGCAUGCAUCUUAGUUCUUCAGCCCUCAGAAUCGUCCAUGUUCUUGAUUCAGAAACUGAAGGCUGAUGGAACCAAAUUUUGUUGCAAUUUUUAUACUUCAUCAACAGGACUCCUGAAUCAUGGUUUGAUCAGCUCAUUAAGGUAUCCAUCCAAUUUGGAAUUUGCCAAUUGGAAAUUGUACUGUUCGGUGCUGUUCUUGCACUGUUGUUCUGUGCUGGAGAUCUACUUCAGACUGCAGAUGCUGGACUUGGGUAGGUGGAAUUAGUAUCGUAACUGUAGGUUAACAGAACCUAGGACCUGCUAGCCGGAGCCAUAAUCUGCUGGCUAUCUAAUGGUACUUGUUUCCAGAUUGCAGGUCUUCUGCAUAGCCUGUGUAUUUCCUAGAAGGAUUUUGUAAUAAUUUGAAAGUCUACGCUAGGCUUUAGGCUAUACUUUUGGUGAUGGAAGCAUUUUCUCACCAAGUUUUUCAUGA